AUGAAACUCCCCAUCGUAGGCCUUUUAUUCUCACGCGGUUCUGCGCCCUUCAGCUAUUGGAACGACCGCGCUCAAACAUUCAGAGCAUCGCCGCCCACGGUCUUCGAUAACCAAUCCAUCGAGAUUCUCCAACAGGCAAUAGCAGAGCCCAACGCCACGCGUCAAAUAUCGUUCCGCCCCUUUGAGGUCUUCUCAGGCAACGCUCGGCUGCUCGGACAAGACAAAUGGACAUGGCGCGUAAACAUAUCCGACUUCAGUCUUCCCAACCUCGCCCAAGACACCACAGAGGCAAACCUAGGCCGAAACAUCACCGAACCGCACUACAUCGCCACCUCAUACUCCCUAUCCUGGCCCCUCGGAGGAAAUCUUUCAUCCGGCGGUCUCCGCGGCUCUGAUUCUCCCUUUUGCGUAACGUCUCUAGACGUCGAGUUCUCUCCCAACGUCACCAACCUCUGGACCGAGGAGAAUGGCAACAGCACGGACUGCGAACCCGUCCUAGGCGAAGCAUGCCUCGAAGCCCUCCACGCCUCCGAUAAAUCCCUCACCCGAGAUAGCUGCGACGGAAGAAUGCCCUUGUGGAAGACUAUCCCGGAGUGUAAUACCACGUUCGGGUAUGGUGCCGUGAUUUAUGGAGCUAGGACGAGUAACCUCAACCCCAACGUAACGAGUAAUUCCACCCCAACGACGGGGGAGAGCACGUCGCCGGUCACAAGUGGGAGUGAGAUUAUGGGGUUCGGGAGCGGGUUGGUUGAUGGCGGGGAUGCGAGGCAGGCGUAUUUGAAUGCUUCGAACCGCGUGCAGAUUCUGAUUUUCAAUACGUGGGUUGGGGAGGAGCGGUUUAAUAUCAAGUUGGCGAGACCGAAUAUCCAUUCGAAUAAUCGCGACCUACUUAAGAAGAGUUAUUCGUGCCACUAUGAGGAUGCGAAUCUCAUACACAUCCAGACCAUAUGCUUCCCCCCCGGGACCAUCCGCAUCCUCCAAGCCGACAGGUCCUCCGGCCCGGCGCCGCAACCUCCGGACUGUCGUCCCCCAAAGUUCGUCCCGGGCCGCACGAAACUCCCCGCCAAGGAAACAUUCCUCGCCGCCUAUCUUACCUACCAGCCUACUUGA